AUGACUCUGCUGGAUGCCCAGAGUGUGGACUCGCUCGCUAAACUUGUCAAUGGCUCUUGGGCCGACGCGGACAGCCCGAACUUGACUGGCUCGCUCUUGGAUUCGCUGAACCUGUCCUGGCCAACGUUGACCACUCGCACGACUGUCGUCGACGUGAGCAGCGAGCGCCAGUGGGUGCUUCCGUGGUGGACUCAGCUGGCAUACGCCUGCCUUUUCGGGUUCAUGGUCGCCACUGCGGUGCUGGGCAAUGCCGCGGUGAUCUGGAUCGUGCUGGCGCACCGGACCAUGCGCACGGUCACCAACUAUUUCCUCCUCAACCUGUCCGUAGCUGACACCAUGACGGCCACGUUCAACGCAGUCUUUAACUUGGUCUACAUGCUCGAGAGCCACUGGGCCUUCGGCGAAGAGUACUGCGUGUUCAGCAACUUCGUGGCCAACUUGACGGUCUCUUCUUCGGCCUUCACCCUGGCAGCUAUGAGCAUCGACAGGUGA